AUGGCAGGCAGAUUCGUGCGCGCGUCGAAAUAUCGACAUGUCUUUGGGAAGUCCACACGCAAGGAAUCUUGCUACGACAACCUCCACAUCAGUCGCAAUGCAUGGGACACGAAUCUAGUCAAGGCAAACCCCGAAUAUCUCGCCGUCAAUUGGGAGGCCAGUGGAGGCGGCGCGUUUGCGGUUAUACCGGUUAAUGAGAAGGGGAGACUGCCUGAGCAGAUUCCGCUGUUUCGUGGACAUACUGGGCCGGUGUUGGAUACGGAUUGGAAUCCUUUCAAUGAUCGCCUCAUUGCUUCUGCGUCUGAUGAUGGGAAGGUCUUUAUAUGGCAGGUUCCGCAGGGAUUCACUCUCUACUCUGAUGCGGAGGAGCCCACAGAUGUUGCGCCUGUCAGCAAAUUGACUGGACAUUCGAGAAAAGUUGGACAGGUCCUCUUCAACCCUGCGGCGGAAAACAUCCUUGCUUCGGCUUCGGGCGACUACACAAUCAAAUUAUGGGACGUGGAGAGCGGAAAGGCACCCCUUACAUUGAAGCAUGGCGAUAUCGUACAGAGCUUGUCAUGGAGUGCGAAUGGUGCUAUGCUUGCGACAACAUCUCGGGACAAGAAGUUGCGAGUAUGGGAUGUGCGACAAGAAAGACCAGCACAUGAGGUCGCUGGACACAGUGGCGCGAAGAAUAGCAGAGUGGUUUGGAUGGGCGAGCACAACCGUUUGGCAACUACAGGUUUCUCGAAGAUGAGUGAUCGGCAGAUGGCUUUAUGGGAUGUUGGAGCUCCUGCAGAACCUCUUGGGGGAUUCACUGUAUUGGAUUCUAUUUCUGGUGUUUGCAUGCCAUUCUGGGAUGAUGGAACGCAAUGUUUGUACUUGGCAGGCAAGGGUGAUGGAAACAUUCGAUACUUCGAGUACGAAAACGACAAGUUCGAAUUCCUGUCCGAAUACAAGUCCGGAGAUCCACAGAGAGGUCUGGCAUUCGUUCCAAGACGUGGCAUAAAUGUCCACGAGAACGAGGUCAUGCGAGCAUACAAGACGGUCAACGAUAGCUACAUCGAGCCCAUCUCCUUCACUGUCCCAAGACGAGCCGAAGUCUUCCAAUCGGAUAUUUUCCCACCAGCAACUGGACUCAAACCUGCUGUUUCGGCUGCAGACUGGCUUUCAGGAAAGGAUGGAAUCCCAGCGAAGAUUGAUCUGGAGAGCAUAUAUGAGGGCAAGGCGCCCGUUGAGGUUGCAUCGGACUACAAGCCACCAGUUCAAGCCUCAGCUCCUUCACCAGUCAAGGCUGCUGCGCCAAAGAAGGAAGAGCCAGCUCCAACCCCCGUCCAAAGAGCCCCUCCACCUACCAUGUCGGAACAAAAGGGUUCCAUCUCAGCUAUGGCAUCUAAGUUCCAGGACGAUGGAGCAGAUGACGAUGAUGACGAGACAUCCAGCUUCGAGGAGAUUGCCAAACCUAUCCAGAAGCACAUCCCAGCUGCAGCUCGCGUAGACUCCAAGCCCGUCUCACCAGUCAAGGCCUCCUCCUCCCCAACCAAGACCGAACCACCGAAGCCAUCUCCAGCCUCCCAGCCACCUCCACGGUCUUUCCAAGCACCUGCUGCCGCCGUCAAAUCUCCAGUACAGACUCCUACUUCAAGUGCUCCUCCUCCUUCUUUGGGGUCCUCGUCAAAUGGCUCAGUUGAGUCGUCUCUUGCGCAGAUUAAGGAGCUGCUGGAGGCUCAGACACGGACUUUGAAUGCUCAAAGCGAGAAGAUUGUGGGCUUGACGCAGGAGGUUGAUACGUUGAAGAUGAGGGUUGGUAGUGGGACGCAGGAUCAGAGUGAGAGGAUUAGACAGCUGGAGUUGGAGCUUGAGGCUUUGAGGUCAUAG